AUGCCCGAAACGCGAUGGGUGGCAUGUUUGAUGUCCGGUCUGCCAGUGCUGUCAAACUCGGUCUUGCAAGCUGCUACCGGCCGACAACAAUUCGCCUUCGAAAAGUGUAACGAAACAAUCAUGUCUGGUGGUAUCGCCCUAACCAACACCACUACGCCUUCUAGCUAG